AUGUCGAUAAACUCAGAUUACAGUGUCCUAAAUCUCUCCGGAGACAAUUACAUUGAGUGGACCAUGAACACUUCAGGAAGAUUAAAGUUAAGAGGAGUUUGGAAGUGUACCAAGUUCAACAAUGAUACCACUGCAAGUGAGAGGUCUUAUGCCCUCAAGAUCAUGAAGAAUAAACUCUGUGAUGAUCUAAAAAUGAUGUACAGGUACAUCAAUGAUCCACAUUAUCUCUGGUAUACAUUGAACAACAGAUACUCAGAACUAUUUGUGCAUAAAGCAGAAAAGGAAUGGCGAGAAAUAAAGUUCCAGGAUUAUGAAUCAGUGGACGACUACGACUCUGACCUUAUGAGAAUCGCCUACACUCUCAACCUAUUUGGAGAGUCGACAACCAACAGGGAUAAGCUCACCAAGACUCGUGAGACUAUCCAUCCGAGUGAUGCGAUAUCCUUAUAUCACGCCAGUAAGUGUACUACUUACUUUGAUCUACUCGACAAACUGUUGGCAAUCGAGAAGAAGAAGAAAACAAAGGCAGAGAACAUCAAGCAAUUUGAUGAUAUCUUACACAUACAUAAACUGAGACAAGAGUUUGAUCUGAGUAUUCCUGAAGCUGGUGAAGAAGAACAAACCGAGUGGACUCAUGUAGAUAAUGAGCUUGAUCUAUUCAUUGAAUAA